UGGGUCGUAUGAAUAAAAAGUGGCGAACUUUACUACUUGUAGUAUCUACUCAGAAGUAAAGUCCACAGUGUUUACUACAUGUUUGGUAUGAAUAAACCAAAAUUCGAACAUGUAGUAAAUGCUACUUUCGAACUUAGAGUUUACUACAUGUGUGUAGCAGAGAUCUGUCAAAACAAAUCGUUUGUUGUUUUCGCGACUUCUGAUCUGCGCGGUGGUGAAAGUUUCGUCAGUUUCGCGAUGGAGGAUAAUUUUGAGGUGCUUCGGUCCCUGGAAAUCGGUUUAACCGAUGCCGACGAUCAUCAGACCCUUCAAGAGGACGAGGCGGACGAAACGGUCCAUGAUGUUCCGGGAAAAUCCAGUAACAUAAGCGAUUUGGAAUUCGCCACUGCGGUGAGCCGACUGGGAAGUGUUUUGCUCACCAAAAAUCAGACUCCCCAAAUGAAAAAGAAAAAAUCCGAUGCAGUCAAGGAGAUUGCGAUGCAUUUUUUGGUUGAGAAGGGACUGGAUUUGACCGAAAAACAAAUCAUCAAAAAGGUCAAUAACAUGAAAUCCAGGAUUAAGACUAAAACAGACAAGAAGGCCACUGGGAACAAAAAAAUCUCCUUGAAUCCUGGAGAGCAAAUAAUGUACAACCUCCUAGGUGCUGAAGACAACCCAGCGGUAACGAAAGUUAACUACGGGAUUUCAGUUGGAGCUGACAAAAAGGUCCUUCAUGAACACAACAGUAAUGCUUCGGAUGAAGAACUGCAUCCAGCUACGUCAACUUCCACAACAAAGAAGCUUCCUACGCCUCUCAUCUCUUCACCUCGAACCCUUGCUGCCCUAUCCAGUGCCGAGGACAUGCUAACUCCGCCUCCGCCGAAGAUCAAACGCCUCAAAACGAAUGGAACCAGGCCAGUCAAGUCCCGUCCGGAGCAAGAAAAUCUGUCAACAGCUCAACUACAUCGACUGGUUCUGGCCAAGCAGCUUGAAGCUCUGGAUCAACAAAUGCGUGUUAAUACAAAGCUGGAGACGGUGCUGGACAAAGCCGAAGAAAUUUUGAAUAAUUACAUAACUCCAAAAUAAAAUAUGUGUAUGAAAAAUAUUUUUCUGAAAAUAAAACGGGUAUUA